CCUUACUACGUUGGAAAAAUGCUAUACCGGUUGUGAUACAUGCUGCCGAAGGAUGAUAUCUGUGAAAUGGUGUAUAUUUUAGACAGUGACAUUGAUUACUUAUGAAUUUGGUUUUAGAAAAGAUCCUGUAAAAGGAAAGAGAACGGAGCAGGUUCUACGGCUAUGAAUAAUUCACUUUUAAUGAUUUAUAGAUUUGAGGAUAUGUAAAAUAACGAAGUAAUGAUUGAUUUCAAAUCAGGUGAUACAAUCGAAAUAAAAAGGUUUAAUUUGUUUAAAUAGGAACACUGGCGGAUAAUCGAUUUUGAAGUAAAAAUGGCAAAUCCAAAAUGUGUUUUUGAAUUUAAGAAAAAAGCUAAAUUUACACCAUCAAAUGAUAAAAACUGUCUACGUCCAGAAAAUGUCAAAAGCAAAGAAGAUAUAAUUGAGAUAAGAAAUGGAAUUGAUGGAAUUCCUAUUCAUGCAAAUAGCAAUGUUCGCCACAGUGAAAACCAGUUACACGAAUUUGCUCCCACUGACGUGGGUUCAGAUGGAAUUCCUACAAGUAAACUAAGCAUCAUGGAAAUUCAAACCGAAGAAGCUACAAUUGAAGAAGCUGAAAUUGAACAAGUUCUACAAACUCUGGAUGGUAUUAACAAUUUUGAAAGUUCUGCCAAUGAGGUUAAAAUGGAAAAUCUUCAUAAUGUCACAGCUGAUGGCGAUGUAAUGAAUGCUGUUAUUAGCAUUGAAAUUAAGAAUAAUGAGAUCUCAACCCCUGACGUUCAGAUGGAUAACGUGACAGUCAAUAACCUUCUUUCCAGUGAUCUUGCAAACACUGAAGAUACUUCAGACGAAGUUGAGAAUACCUCCGUACACAGUAAUGCCGUUUCAUUAAGUGGUGAUGAAAAUGAAGAGUUUCCUACGAGUAUAGGAAAGGAUGUAUCAUCUAAUAAAACUAAAACGGAUGAAAAUCCCACCAGCAUUGAAGAUAACGCAAAUGAUGUUGAAAUUAUUGGGAAUUACACUGGUAACGUAACUAACGCAUCAUCUAAUAACAAUAAAACUGAUGAAAAUCCCACCAGCAUUGACGAUAACGCAAAUGAUGUUGAAAUUAUUGGAAAUUGCACUGGUAACGUAACUAAAGAAGAAUCUAUCAAUGGCAUUGAAAACAAUAAAGCUUUAAAAAAUGACGUCGAAAGAAACUUAGAAAGUGGAGAUGCUAAAAUGGAUAACAAUGUUAACCAUCAAGAUACCAGAUUGAUUGAGCCUAAUGAAUCUGAAAACCUAUCACAUGAGGUAGUUCUGAAAAACACCGAUCUGUUGCAAACCGUUCAAAAUAUCCACUCAAGGAGUAUAACGUUACUAAUACAACCGACAGAGACAAAAAAUACUGGGAUAUUAAAUAGCGGCUACCGUGAUGGCGAAAGUGGUAAUUAUGCCUAUGCUACUGGUGCUAAAUUCGGAGAUACUGGUACUGAGGAUACCGACGACUCAUUUUCUGGUGACCAGGUUAGUGGACCGGGUGCUAAUUGUCAGCCCAAAGAUUGCUCAACGUAUUAUACCGGGUCGGAAAGGCUGGGGGAUUCCGAUCAGCUAUUUGAUGGAAAUCUUUUUAAUAAGAAAAACCCAAAGAAGAAGAAGCGAGUAUCUGUAGUGAAUGAAAAUAUGCAACCAAAUGAAAAUCAAUCCGGGGCGGACAAUUUAGGUUUCCUUUCGGACGAUGAUAGCAUAGAUACGGUGGUUGAUAUUUCCAAAUUACCAAGGAGAAGCAUUAGAUUCAGCAUUUACUCCGCGCUUAAGUUCCCUAGUGAACCAAAAUGGCAGAGGAAGUUAUGUGCCUGUGUUGUUGUCUUCUGUGGAUUCUGGAAUUGCUUUUUCUCCAUGGGAAUAGCGUUCUCAAUGGGAACAUUUCUACCUGCGUGGCUGGAUGAAUUUAACGAUGGACGAGCUAAGACUGCUAUGAUUCAGUCAGUUCUUGUAGGCGUAACGUUCGGUGCAGGAAUAUUAAUUGGUAUAUCAAUAGACAGAUAUGGGGUACGUCUAACCAUCUUUGUUGGUUCACUUAUGUCUUGUUGUGGAUUUCUGGGUGCCAUAUUUUGUCCAAGUACAACCACUUUAUUACUCAGCGUAGCUAUUUUACCAGGAUUGGGAUUAAGUGCAGCCCAGUUGGGAAGUAUUGUAGCUGUUUCUAUAGCGUGCAAGAGAUCGGUCAGUGUCGCUAUUGGGUUGAUCACUGCUGGUGGAGGAUUAGGUAGCAGCAUUUUACCUUACUUUUUCCAAUUCCUUAUCGACAAUUAUGGAUGGAGAGGCGCUUUCUUUGUCAUAGCUGGCCUCUCAUUGCAGCCUUUGGUGUUCGGAUUUUUGAUGACGGCAUUUAUGGAUCAGGUGACAGCUAGCCGUGGUCAUCGUCUUGAAAAAGAGGUAGUAACCGCUAAAGAAAAGAUGAAGCUGAUGUGUCGACCUGAAUUUAUUACAGCAGUAGUAUGUGUAUUUACCGCCUUUUCCGCGGCAAAUGGUUUUCUUUUUAUAAUCGUUGACUAUGCCAACACCAAAGAUCAAAAUGGCGUCUUUUUUCUAUUCCUAAUGACAAUUAUCAGCACGUGUGGUCGACUUGCAUUCGGGUUUCUGAAUUUGUUGUCGUUUUUUAAUAGUCGAAUUUUACUAACGAUUGCUGCGAUUCUAUCUGGGGGAUCCCUGAUUUGUCUUGGCUUUGUCACGCAAUACGCGAGAAUUCUUGGUAUUCUUGUCGUCCUCGGAUUUAGUUAUGGUGGACAGAUUGGUAUAUAUGGCGUUGUUAUCCUGGAUCUGGUGGGUCCCCAGACCUUUUCACUUGCCCUUGGUUUGUGUGCUACUUUGAAUGGUACAGGAAGUGCUAUUGGUGGUGUUAUUUAUGGUUUGUUGUUUGAUAUGAGUGGUUCGUAUAGUCAACCCUGUAUUAUAAUGGGUACAGUAUGCUGUGUUUUUGGAGUACUUCCCAUAUUUGGUUUUUUCUAUAGUAAAAUCAAAACAAACUGUAAAUCAACAAUUACUAGUGACUAAUAAUAUAGCAGAUUACAUAUAUAUUUAGUGAAUAAAACUGGUUAUUUAAUUGUAAAA